CCAAAGCGAGAGCUUUCUCGGGUAUACCGCGAAAGAGAGCUAGGGUUAGGGUUUUCUCUAUCACCAUGGCCGGAGCUGGCCUACAUCCAUACCAUCAGCCAUGGGCGGCGCCGCCCCCUCCUCCGCCGGCGGCUGCCAUCGCCGUCGAGAAUCCUAACCGCCCGUCCUCCGACGAGGUCCGGACGAUCUUUAUCUCUGGAUUGCCGGAAGAUGUGAAGGAGAGGGAACUGCACAAUCUGCUUCGGUGGCUCCCGGGCUUCGAGGCGUCGCAGAUCAACUACAAGGGUGAGCAACCGAUGGGGUUCGCGCUGUUUACCAUGGCACAGCACGCUAUGGCGGCGAAGAACGCUCUUCAGGACUUGGUUUUUGAUGCGGAAACAAAGUCGGUACUGCACACUGAAAUGGCAAAGAAGAAUCUGUUUGUCAAGAGAGGUGUUGUUAAUGAUUCAAGCUCCUUUGACCAAAGCAAGCGCAUGAGAACUGGUGGGGACUAUACUCAUGCAGGCUACCCAAGCCCUUCUCCAUUUCACCCACCACCAGCACCUGUAUGGGGUGGCCAUGGGUAUAUUGCCCCACCUGCUCCAUAUGACCCAUAUGCAGGCUACCCAGUGGCACAAGUACCGAUGCCGCCUCCUACACCUGUGCCAGCACCUAGUGGUUAUGCUCCUAUCCAGAAUAACAAAGACAAUGCCCCUUGCAAUACUCUGUUCAUUGGCAAUCUUGGAGAGAAUGUUAAUGAGGAAGAACUCAGGGGUCUUUUCAUUGUGCAACCUGGCUACAAACAAAUGAAGGUUUUACGUCAAGAAAGAAACACUGUGUGCUUCAUUGAAUUUGAAGAUGUGAGUAGUGCUACCGUUGUCCACCAGAAUUUGCAGGGUGCUGUUCUCACUAGUUCUGGGCGUGGUGGCAUGCGAAUACAAUUUUCAAAGAAUCCCUUUGGGCGAAGGAAGGACUCAGUGAAUGGUGCUGCACCCGACGGCAAUGGAACUCCAACAACCUAUCAGCAAUAGUUUCAAGGGAUGUAUUUUGCCCUUUACGCAUCUCCCUCAUGAAGCUUUUUGAGUAGCAAUGGAUCCAAUGAUGGAAAUCAUGCUGUUGCAUUCCACAUCAUAAGUCAUCACCAGCAUCCUUGCAUGUGUGAAUGCACCUGAUAAUGAGUGCCAUCACCAUCUUCCAUCAUGAGAGUUACUUGGGCCAUUUUAUAUAUCUGUUAUUAUAUGUGCAUUGGCACCAUUAAUUUGGUUAAUUAGUGACAUGUAUUUCUAGUUGAGGGAGGGGGUGGGAUAAUUAUAUGAACCGUAUACUGAAAGUUGCCCAUGCUUGCAUUGACCUUAAGAUCUAGUAUUUUUGAGACAUGUAUUUUGGCCCAUUAACGCAUUACAUUGUGAAACGUGUCUGCAAAAGUUUUUUUCAUGCUGCAUAUAAUAGCUGGAGACAUUGAGCAUUGCCUUCGUUUCAAAUUCACCAACUCAUCCAUCCAUCCAUCCAUACAUCCAUCCAUACAUAUAUAAAUGUAGCACGAAACUGAUCCCUAUGUUUUAACUCCAGGAGAAGCAUAGGUCCAAAAUUGGAAAAUUGGCUGCUGUUGUUUCUUUGCAGGUUCUAUAUCACAGAUGAGAGGUGCUGCUCAGAGGUAGUAUAUGUGGUAAAAAGAGUUUUGCUGCUGUUUGUUUGAUUCUCUGGGAAAGUUGUGCUGUUUCAUGUGGGGCACCCUUCUAUGAUGCCAAAGGAAACUUAUCACUUUUUGGGGCUUUUCUUUUUUCCUUAUAAUUUCCCACAAUCCAAGAUUUCAGAUAUGUGAAAGCUGCAAAGACUGCUGCGUUGGAUGCAUUAGAAAUUAGAUUACAUAAUGUCAACGCUCAGACAACCCAUCUUGUGGCCUUAUCACAACUUUUUACAAGCCAAGAACCUGUAUUUCAUUGACUUUUUACUCAUUUUGCAGGUA